AUAAGAUUGUAUAACCCCGAUGACGUGUGCUCGCCCGGCAUGCAGUGUUAUCUAUAAAAGAGCGCUGCUGUCUGGGAAUAAAGGCUUUUUGCGUUGCUGCCAUCAAGGCGUCUGUCUGCUGCUUAGAACAGAACAUCUGGCGACGAGGAUGGGAUUUGGCGCGCAGUCAGUCGCUGCCGGCCAGCAGCAGUCACUAGGUUGAACCGUCCACGGUGCAAGGCGACACUGAGCCCUUGCAGCCAGGAUUUCAUCGACGGCCUGGAGCAGCGCAGGAACGCCGCGUGGAAGUAAGGCGUUACGGAGCCCCUGCAUGAACUUCGGCGGCCGGUUGGAGCAAGCGAACGAGCACGGGCAGUACGGACUAGGCGCAUCGAGGAAAUCCGCUCUACAGAUAAGUGAAGUUUGCUCAUUAUGGCAGAACCAGGCCAUGGCCCUAAGCUCGGCAGGAUGACAGAAUUCAACCCGAAAAUCGACAACAUACGCUCGUAUUUCGAACGCUUUGAGAACUACGUAGACAUAAAUGAUGUCCCUGAAGAGAAGAAACUUAAGCUGUUUCUCAACGUACUCGGAGCGGAGGCAUAUGAAGAGUUAAAGAAGAUAGUCGUGCCUCAUUUGCCGUCUCAGAAGACCUUCGGGGAAGUUAAACAGCUUCUAGAAAGUCAUUUCAGCCCAGCUCACUCAAUCAUUGCAGAGCGUUGUAAAUUUAAUCGUCGAAUGCAACAUGAAAAUGAAGGCGUCAAAGAUUUCAUCACGGAACUGAAGGACCUGGCAAAAGAUUGCAAUUUUGGCACGUUUCUAAAUGAUGCACUAAGGGACAGACUGGUAGCUGGUUUGCGUGACGAAGAAACGCAACGGGCCCUUUUUGCACAAGCAGACCUGACGUUUGAACUGGCAUGCAAAACGGCGCUAGAGAAAGAGCUAGCUGCACAACAGGCAAAGCAAAUGCAUGAAUUUGACGGAAAACCGCACAGCGUCAACGCCGUUCGGGGCGAACGACACCGUGAUAAGGGAAAGGAAUCGGGGGCAGUAUCACGGUCGAAAGAUAAGCAAGAUGAAGAACUGCGUAGUGCUUGCUGGCAUUGCGGAAAGCGUCAUGGGGCAGAAAAAUGUUGGUAUCGGAACCACACUUGCCGAAAUUGUAACAAAAAGGGGCACUUGCAAGCCGUCUGCAAGAAAGGAGCCAAAACAAAGGCUGUGAGAUACGUCGACACCACGGACGACGAAUCCGAAGAAUUGAGCUGCCAUACCGUGUUCUAUUCAGGCAAACAUUCAAGGGGCUACAGCGUAGACCUCAAGAUUGAAAGGAAAACUGUCUCUAUGAUAAUUGACACGGGUGCAGCGGUCACGAUCGUACCAGAGCGUGUGUACAGACAGUAUUUUCCGCAUGUAAAAUGCGUCGAAACAAAUGUGUCAUUGCGCACUUACACAGGGGAAAAGCUGAAAGUGCUUGGAAAAGCAAAAGUUUUGGUAGACCAUGAAGGAAGCGAGAUCACUUUGCCCGUAGUGAUAGCACAAGAGAACGGAACGUUGAUGCCCGCCCUCCUGGGAAGAGACUGGCUGGGAAAAUUAAAGAUAAACUGGAAAGCAGUGUGCAGUAUGUCCGCGGAUAGAUCACUGGAUCAAAGGGUAGAUGCAUUACGGAAGAAGUAUCCCCAGGUUUUCAAGGGCGCCCCGGGCAUCGUCAGGAACUACGAAGCUCGCAUCUAUGUAAAAGAAGGGGCUCAACCAGUGUUCUCAAAAGCACGGCCAAUACCGUUUGCGAUGAAAGAGGAAGUAUCAAAGGAGUUGGAAAAGCUUGAGCAAAGCGGAAUCCUGAAGAGGGUCACGAAAAGCGACUUGGUGACACCUCUGGUGGUGCUCGCGAAGAAAGGCGGCGCAGGAUUACGAUUAUGCGGCGACUACAAGGUCACGGUUAAUCCUGUUCUGAAAACUGACCAUUACCCUUUGCCAUUGCCGAAAGAUUUGUAUUCUAUGCUUGCCGGAGGAAAGAUCUUCUGCGUCCUAGAUCUAUCGCAAGCCUAUCAACAAGUGCCGCUAGCUGAGGAAAGCAAAGCGUUGUUAACUGUGAACACGCAUCUCGGAUUAUUUCAAUUUCAGCGGCUUCCGUACGGCAUCGCUAGCGCCCCGGCUAUCUUUCAGUCGUUAAUGGACGAAGUUUUAAAAGGGAUUCCAAAAGUGGGCUGCUAUAUCGACGACGUCAUCGUCGUAGGCGACAACAUAGACGACUGUCGACAAACCGUGGAAAAGGUGCUUGAAAGACUGGCAAAGCACAAUAUCACAGUAAAAGAACAGAAAUGUGAAUUUUUCAAGCAGUCCGUCGUUUAUCUUGGACACAAAGUGACAACUGAUGGCAUUUUUCCAACUGCGACAAAGAUCAAAGCAAUCACGGAGGCACCUCAGCCAAGCAAUGUAACCGAACUGCGCGCCUUCUUGGGCCUGCUGAAUUUCUACGCAAAAUUCAUCAAAGACUUAGCAAUAGUUGCUGCGCCAAUGUAUGAUCUACUCAAAAAGGACAAGAGUUGGGUUUGGACGGACGGAUGUUCAAGAUCGUUCGUGGAAUCUAAGCAGCGACUCAUCGUCAGUGAAGUUCUGACAUUUUACGACGUAAAUCAAGCAUAA